CUACUGGAAGAAGAACAGAGAAAUGUCGUAGAGAGCAGCAGAUUUUUUCCCAUUCAGAAAUUCGUUUGCAUAUUGCACAAUCAAUACGUUUUGCAGACCUACGACGAGCCCACUUACACGGAAACUACUGCGAUCACGCGUACAAGCUACACGAUUUCUCCAAAGACCGUAGACAAAGAACAAGAGAAGAAACCCGAAGCGACACCGCAUCGCACUGGUAGUCCAGCUGAUGAGAAGGUGAAGGCGAAAAGCAAGGAUGAUCAAAGUUUCCUAAGAACACAAUCCGAGUUCAUCGAUCGAAGCGCUGCUGUACCACCGCAUACACUACUUCGAAGUGACGAAAAAUCACAAAUUUAUGAAAUGCCAGCGGAGAAGUUGAAAAGGCCAUCGAUCGAAAUUCAAGAACCAGCAUCGGAUAUCCGUGAUGACGUCAUCGAAAUGGCAGGCUCUAAAGAUGACAUUCGUGAUCGUCCAGUAGAUGUGGGCACUCACGUGCAAGCGUUAGAACCGGUUGCUGAACUACCUCAAUCACCAGCCCCGUCGGCCAAGUCAACUCCGCAUACAACACCGAAGACGAGCAUGAAAUUCAAAAAAGAUGGCAAAGAGAUGAAGCCAUUUGAAUUCGGUAAAAGCAAAUUCAGCUCGAAACAUGAAGUCGUCAAGCGAGGAAAGGACGUUGAGGUCAAGCUUGAAAAUCUCAAACUAGGCAAGGAAGAUGCACUGCGUGUUGUAGUAUUACCCCCAAUGCGCAAUCAAAUUGUUGCGUCCGGAGCCACUCAACCAGAAGUGGAAACGAAAGUGAAGAAGAGCGGCAGUAAAUAUGAGAUCUCUUUCAAGCCAACAGAAGUCGGAACACACAAGGUAUUUGCAUAUGUGAAUGAAAUUCCGCAUCCUUUGUCGCCGUUCCCAAUCCGAGUUUACGAUUCCUCGGAAAUUAUCGUUGGCGAAAUUCCAGCUCGCUCUAAUCUCAAUGACACUGUUGAGUUUACUGUGGAUGCUGGCCGAGCUGGUUUCGGUAAUCUGGAAAUGGCUAUCAAGGACGCCGAUGGAAUUAUCAUACCAUCACACGUCGCUCAAUUGGAAAGCGGUACAGCUAAAUUCCUCGUCACGUUUACACCGACAUCGAAAGGACAACACACCGUCAAUAUUACAUUCAAUAAAGAAGUGCUAAAAAAUUCGCCGUUCGAGGUGCUCAUCACCGACCCUCCAGCUCCACUCAACGAGUCUAGCAAGCAUAAAUCCGUGUCGAAGACGUCGGUCACGAAGAUCCCUUCAUUGUCGCGAGUUGGUCAACCGUCAAGCAUCAUCGUUGAGGUGGCCGGACACGACCAGCUAGAGAUCAUUAUAACUGACAAUAAGAAGAACCAGAUCGGUACUGAGAUCAUUGAAAUCGAACCCGGAGUCAUGCAAGUGAACUUCACGCCACAGGUGGUCGGUGACCAUGACAUCGAGGUGAAAUACGGUGGCGUACCAGUGACUGCCAUCCCGUUCACAUGCAGAGCAUACGAUCCAACUAAGAUCAAAGUUGGAGCUAUUCCGAAGGGUCUUCUGGACAAGCCGGUCUACUUCACAGUGGACGCGUCCGAAGCCGGCGUUGGUAAUCUGGAAGUGGCUGUGAAUGACGGUCGCGUGCCAUCAAUGGCACAUGCGCUUGGUCAACAUCGCUACGACAUCUCAUUUGUACCAAAAGAGAGUGCUGAUCACACCAUCACAAUUCGUUUCAACAACGAACCUGUACCUGGAUCGCCCUUCACCUGUCAUCUUGUGUCUGCUGCGCAGGCGUCAGCUUCCGGUACAGGACUCGAACGAGUUCCAGUUGAUGAACUUACUGAGAUCAAAAUUCAAACGAGUGCAUCCGAUGCGCAGCCAGAGGUCCGUGUCCGUGAUCCCCAAGGCAAUGACCUUCCCGUGGAGAUUACACGUAGUCGACAAGACGAGACGCUUUACAUCGCUACGUACACGCCAAAAUGCGUCGGAAAUCAUCAGGUUGACAUCUCGAUGAUGGGUGAACCGAUCGCUGGUUCUCCCUUCACUGCGAAGGCCUACGAUGCUAGAAUGGCUCGUCUCAGUCAAUGUGACCAAGCUAUUGUUGGGAAACCUUGCACGUUUGCCAUAGAUGCCGCUCGAGCUGGUGCAGGUAACAUGGAAAUUAUUGUGUCCGUAGACAACAGGAACGUACCUAACUUUGUUCAGGCAGAGGGCCAAGCGAAAUUCAAGGUUUCGUUCACACCACAAGAAGCUAAGGAGCAUGUGAUCAGCGUACGAUUCAACGGUGUCAGCGUGCCAGGUUCUCCUAUGAGAUGUAUGGUGGAGAACGCACCGGCGACAUCCACGUUGGCUCCUUCUGUCUCGUCGGCACUUACUGGUACCUCACCUGAGUACAGUAUUGAUAAGUCAUCUCUAGCAAAGGAUCUAAGGAAUGCGCAGGUCGGACAGAAGCGUGGUUUCACGAUAGCGAAUCCAGGUGGUCGAGCCGCUGAGUGCAAUGUUGUCGUCAUAGCUCCAAAUGGCUCAAAAGUUCCAACAACCACUACUACUACUGGAAAGGAAUCAUUCUAUGCAGAAUUCACGCCGACAAUGAAAGGAACGCAUGAAAUAAAUAUUUACACUGAUAAAGAGAAAUUGAAUGAAAUGCCUAUACUGGUGGUUGUGGGAGCCGGAAGGGCGUCUUUUCCAUCAACCUGUCUUGUGGGAAGGCGGUACUCAUUUGACAUUGAGGCUGAAAAUAAAGACUCCGUGCGAGUGGAUAUUCGUGAUCCUCAGGGACGACUACUUCCUGUACAGAUUGAACAAUUGCCUGACAAACACGUUCGAGCUUCAUGUCGUUUCAGAGAGGUUGGUACACAUACGGUUGAGACGUUUGUGUCGGAACGCCCAAUCGGAGACCGGGUUCAACAACGGGUCGUUGAUGCAGUGAAUGCUGUCCAACUUGUAUCCGAACUGAAAAAAGAAGUGGUCAGUGAACGUGCCGAGCACAAGAUACUAAUCGUAUCCGGUCUCGAAGAAGAAGUUGACGUCACGGUCCGAGAUCGCGAUCAUAACGUUCAAGUCGUUACACUAGCCAAAGUCUCUGAUACGCUUUGGACUGCUUCAUGGUUACCAAAGUCCGAAGGCGGUCACGAAUUGGCAAUCUCUGUCGCUGGCAUGCCGAUUGCUGGUUCACCCUUUCACGUUCCAGUGCUAGAUCCAUCGGCAGUUAGAGUGAUCGGUUUGAGAAACGAUCGUGUUGGAGUAGAGCAACACUUUAACGUCGCUACGAGGAGUUGUCCAUUUCAGUGGAUUACACACAAAGUGGAGCCUUGUCGGCUUCUGUGGAAAUUCGACGUGGGUCCUAAUUCAGUGCCAUGUGCGGUGAAGCGAGUUAAACCUGGCCUACUGAUGUGCUCCUUCACACCGGCUGUAAGCGGUCUAUACAUGAUCGAUGUUCACAUCGACGGAUUAAUCCUUCCUGAGUGUCCGUACGAGUGUACCAUCAGUUCCGUAGGAGCAGUUCGCGCGUGCGGUGACGCGUUGCGUCGCGCGCAGCGUGGGCGUGUCGCUCGUUUUGAGGUGUCGCUAAACGACGCGACACGCGGUGAGCUUGACGUGAUGAUAUCAGAUCCCAAUGGAGGUCCAUUACCUGUACGAUGUUAUCGACAACAGGAUGACAGCUAUUGGGUUGAAUUCACACCCGAACAAACUGGAACCCAUACAGUUGAAGUGACGUUUGGCGACGUUCCCGUGGCUGGUUCACCAUUCCGGUGUGAGGUGGUGGAUCCGAAGAAGGUGAAAGUACGAGGGCUGACUGAUGGCCUUCAUCUACGCCACGUGACCACCAUUAAUGUUGAUCGUCGGCAGGCCGGAGAUGGGGAUCUAACAGUUGAGAUAUGCGAUCCAACAGGCACGCCCCUCAAGGUCGAAACACUAAAGUCUCCCAGUGGUGAGGAUAGAAUUACGUUCCUUCCUAACCAAACUGGGCCACACAAAGUGAACGUGAGAGUGGCAGGAUUCCAAAUACCGGGAUAUCCCCAAACUAUUGUUGUAUCCGAACAACCCCAGCCUGGUGUAUACGGUGCAGCCGUGGACCAUUCCAUUAAGAUCGACGAGCCUGCUAGCCUCAUUUUCGACCCGAAAGGUGCCAACGGCGGGCUAAAAGUCAGCGUCACUGGUCCCAGAGAUAACAAGGUACGACAUAAGGUGAUAAGACGGCCGAAUGGCACAUCAGAGGUCGUGUUUUCGCCAGAAGAAGUUGGAGCUCACAUUGUGAAUAUCGACUUUAACAACAAACCGAUUGCCGGAAGUCCGUUCACGGUGCGUGUAGUCGAUCCAUCGAAAGUGGUAGUGAACGAUCUCGACAUGGAUCGCGAUGGUUCAUUUUUGCUUCGUCUCGGCCAGCAAAAUGUGUUUGACGUCGACGCUACCGCUGCCGGACCCGGCAAACUUCGUGCUGAAGUUCGGAAUUCCGAGAGUGCUCUACUCGGUGAAGGUCCGGCCGUCGACGAUCUCGGCUACGGAAAAUACCGUGUCGCUUUCACGCCGAAGCAACCCGGACGAUACUCUAUCUACCUCUACUGGAAUGAGCUUCCUGUUGAAAGUGCUUUCCCUGUACGAGCACGAUCUUCUGACGAACGAGCUACGACAUCUCGAGAAACAGUUGCACCAAUCACCAGCACUCAUGCGAGAGACAAGUCGUCUUCUUCAAUGGAUGACGAUGUGUCACGUGUAGUGGUUCGAGGUGACGGCCUUCAUCGAGCUCAACUGAAAGAGCCCAAUGAGUCAUCCGUGACGGCAGCGACGUGGCACGUGGCCACGUACACGCCGCUCACUGGUGGAACGUACGAACUUCACAUCCUUUGGAAUGGUACCCAUGUCAAGGGUUCGCCAUUUAAGGUCAAUGCCGACACCUCAUCAUCACCAGCAGAACUGAUUUCGGUUGAUAGCACGUCGCUCAAGAUUGGUAUCAUUAACGAAGAUAUCAAAACUGUUAUUGACACUCGAAGAGCAGGGCCAGGUCAACUGUCUGCUCAAUGUAUGGGUCCGGUUAAGUUAGCCUAUUGUGAGCUCUAUGAUCACAGAGAUGGCACUUAUACCUUGAGCGUGAGACCAACAGAGGUUGGUAAGCAUACACUGGUCAUCAAGUACAACGACCAGCACGUUCGUGGUAGUCCAUACCUCAUUCAUGUGUCCAUGCCGCCUGAUCCAUCAAAAGUUCGCGUCUAUGGACCCGGAAUCGAGCAUGGUAUUCUGAGCUUGUUCAAAUCAAACUUUGUUGUUGAAACGAGAGGAGCGGGAGCUGGACAGUUGACCGUACGAGUUCGAGGACCAAAGGGUGCAUUCAAUGUGGAAAUGCAGAGAGAGAAGAAAAAUGAGCGAACAAUCCAUUGCAAGUACGAGCCAAAGGAACCUGGUGACUAUCAGGUGGAGGUAAAAUGGCACGGAGAACACGUGCCUGGCAGCCCAUUCUUGGUGAUGAUCGUCGACACCGAGCAGGAAUUGUCGCGAUUCCUCCGAGGAGAAGCUCCAUCGCCAACCCCUGCUACCCCAUUUGUACCUCCCGGUUGGGUUGGACCACCGCCGUUGUUCCCGCCCCCAAUGGGCCAACGUUACGGGCCACCCUUACCUAUGGGCCCCAUGGGCCCUAUGGGACCACCACCACCUCCAGGUGCUAUGAUGCCGUUUAACGCACCUCCUCCGCCUCGGCACAAGGCCAAAUAUCACUGA